AUGUUCAUCGUAGCGAGAUUCUUCGCCGGCAUGGGAUCAUGGGGAUUCCUGGCCGUUACCCCCGUAUACUCUGCUGAACUCGCCCCUCCUGGACUUCGCGGCCUCUUCGUGGGAAUGAAUGGUGUCAAUAUUGCUCUUGGAUAUGGUCUCGCAUCAUACAUGGGCAUGGCAUUCUAUUAUGCGGACAACGAUGCCACAAAAUGGCGUGGGCCUCUCGGAAUGGCUCUUGUCUGGCCUUUCAUGAUGCUGGCUAUCCUCCCGUUUAUUCCCGAAAGCCCAAGGUAUCUACUCAUGAAGAACCAAGUUGAAAAGGCACGGGACAUCGUACUGAGGCUUCACUCAACCGAAGGCGAUGAUGAUCAGGUGUUCGCCCGGUCUGAGUUUUACCAGAUGCAGAAACAAACCGAGCAUGACCAGAAGAUGGAUAUGGGCUGGCUCGAUAUGGUUAGGAAGCCGGGUGCCCGGAGUAGGACUGCUCUGGCCAUGGGCUUUGCUUUUAUCGGGCAGAGCACGGCGGUUUUGGUAAUUAAUAACUACGGACCUUCACUUUAUGGAAAAUUGGGGUUUGGGACGGAAGAUCAGUUGAGAUUUCAGUGUGGAUGGAUCACAGUUGGGGUCAUCUUUAACUUGGUUGGUGCUCUAAUCAUGGAUAAGUUAGGAAGACGUCCACUCAUGCUGUUUGGGGUGGCCGGUUGCUGUGUAUGUCUCAUCCUCGAAGCAGCUAUGGUUGCCAGUUUUGCAGAGGAGGGGACAAAUAAGGCUGGUCUGGGUAUGGGUGUUGCGGCUUUUUACCUGUUCCUCGCGGUUUAUUCUGUUGGUGUCGAUGUUGCGGGUGUGGUAUUUUAUGGCGAGCUCUUCCCGAACCACCAGCGCGGAAAAGGUCUCAGCUUAUCAGUCGCUACGAUUGCACUGACGGAUCUUGUGUAUUUGCAAGCGACUGCAACUGCAUUUGCCAACAUCGGAUGGAAAUUCUAUCUCGUAUUCAUCAUUAUCACUGGACUUGGCGCGAUUGUGUUGUACUUCGUGCUUCCGGAGACCAAGGGUAUCCCGCUCGAGGAGAUGGCCAAGAUCUUUGGCGAUGCAGAUGAUGUUGUGGUCUUCGCCGAGGACAUCCAUGUCGACCAGCACACGCACGAUCUAGUCGUUGAGGAUCACAAGACACACAUCACGCAUGUAGCCACAGAAACAGGGAGGGAUCUGACCUCCGGGGAAGCAAACGAGAAGCAGGGUGAGGUCGCCUAA